UAUUGAUUGCAAGAUUCGGUGCAAUCAUAAAAUUAUGCUAUCCUGAUAAAGGUAGAUGCCUUUGGAAUUUCGCAGCCGUUUUGCAACCUCAAUUUCUCAUUGAAAAAAAAAUUAUAAAAACUAAGUUCUAAGUGGAAAGACAACUUGAAUGCCAUUUUGUGUUUGAAAAUCAUCCUGGACACCCUGUUAACAUUGAGCCUGAUAGAUAUCACAGGAAUUAUUGAAACAGUAUAAAGUUACAACAACAAGACAUACAAAACGAACUUUCUGAUUCUGCAAUCAUGAAGAAUUUGAAAAAACCAAAUGUAGCACGAGAACUUACAAAGCGCUUCUUUUCAGUUGUGCCAUCAUUUACAGACAUCUUUGAUGAAGAAACCUUUUACAUUGUGGCUAUCCUAGUAGUCAUAUUGUCCAUUGUGCUAGUAAUUAUACUGUCUCGAAAAGUGACCAUUAAGGAUGCUGGUCACCUAGAUUAAUGUAUUAGAUGUAUUUUCAAGACCAUUUUAUCUAUUAAUUGUAUUUAAUGAUAUCCAUGUACUAGUAGUUAUGUUUAGUUGAUGUCAUAUUGCAUGCUGGAAUGUUUUUGUUUGAUUUAAGGUGUAGUUUUUGUAACAAUAAUCUUGUCAUUCUUUAUUUUUUGCCACAUGUUCAUACAGAAUUUACUGUAAAUCCAGUGUUUAUUUGACCCACUGUGCAUUGAAUGUAAAAAUUGUGUUUGGUUUUAUAAGGUGCAUUUACAGCUUGUACCACAGGUACGGGUGUUAAUUGACAGAUAUUCAUACUGUGGGUAUAGUCAUAUUAAUAGAUUCAAGCCAAGCGUAUAAAAUGUCUUUCAACAGCAAGAAAGCCAAAUGUCUCCUGUUUAUAACAGUUAUUUUUCCUGUGGUUGACGUGUGUGUAACCACUGUGCUUUACUCACAUGGCACUGGUUUUAAAGAACACUUCACCCAAGGGUUUUAUGCCUACUCUGUGUUUACAUCAUUAUUUGAUGUUUGGUCACUCAGCAUUUUAAGAGCAACAUUGUUACUUGGACUGGCAAUAGGGGUAAUGUGCAAUCCAAAGAAAGGGGUACAGCGAGCCAAAAAAGUAGUGCGUGUAAUUGCAGUUAUUACUGUUAUCUUAUGGGUCUGUCAAAUUAUAAAAUUGUUGCUAUUUUCGGAUGCUGUUUCUGACUUGAGGAAACCUUGGUUCUGGGCAUUGUUCUGUUGGACACUUAUUGCAUCCGUUCUCAUGUUUGUUCUAUGGUGGCAAGUGGCAGAACUGAAAGUUAUAUCAAAGAAGAAGUAUCAUGGGAUCAAUUCCACUAUUGGUGAAAGAGAAGGUCUUAUAAAUGCCAAUACUACCCUUAGUAGCGGAAGUGAAGAUAGUGAGGAUGAAGAGAAAGAGCACCAUAAUGGUAAUCGACAUAAGAAAAAGAAGAAAAAAGCCUCAAGAACUACAAGCAUUUUCCGCUUACUGAAGCUGUCCAAAGAUGACUGGCCUUUUAUUUUGGCUGGCUUCUUUUUCCUGCUAUGUGCAGCUGGAGCUGAAGUAUUCCUACCAUACUACACUGGCCAGGUGAUAGAUGGUAUUGUCAUUGAGCAGUCCUAUGAAAAGUUCACCAAUGCCAUCAUUAUAAUGUCAGCAAUAUCACUAACAGCUGGUUUUGCAGCAGGGUCGAGAGGAUGUCUGCUUUUACUUGCCAUGAACAGACUUGGGCUCAGGGUGCGAAACUUGCUGUUUGGUGCCAUCAUGAAGCAGGAGACUGGCUUCUUUGAUAAGAUACAAACCGGUGAAAUCACCUCCAGAUUAACAUCUGAUGCCACAACCAUGAGUGAGUCAGUAGGAUUGAACAUCAACAUAUUCCUUAGAAGUCUAGUGAAAGCUAUUGGAACCUGUGUUUUUAUGUUUAAGUUGUCUUGGCAGCUUACCUUAGUGACGUUCAUUGGUCUCCCUAUCAUCAUUGGUUUCUCCACCCUUUAUGGCGAAUACUAUGAGAAACUGUCAAAGGAAAUCCAGGACACUCUAGCCAUUGCCAACAACGUGGCUGAAGAGACAUGUUCAUCAAUGAAGACAGUUCGCAGCUUUGCAAACGAGACUGCAGAGGUCCAAAGAUACAAAGACAAACUUCAGGAUUCCUACAAGUUGUACAAAAAGGAGGCUCUGGCUUAUGGUGCUUUUAUGUGGUGCAAUGAGGUCUUUGAACUGUCUUUGACUGUAGCUACCCUUUACUAUGGUGGUCAUCUUGUCCUGAAUAAAACCAUGACUGGUGGCAACUUGGUGUCCUUCAUCUUGUAUCAGCUGGAGCUUGGUGACUGCUUUGAGGAAAUGGGUGAAGUAUUCACUGGUCUAAUGCAGGCAGUUGGUGCAUCAGAGAAAGUGAUGGAAUACAUGUAUCGUGAACCUAAAAUCCAGAAUGAUGGCUCACAUAUUCCAGGCCAACUUGAUGGUCAUAUUGAGUUUUGUCAGGCCACAUUUACAUAUCCUGCUAGACCAGAUGAGCCUGCAUUGAAGUCUAUAGGAAAUGUUUUCACAUCUUUGAUGCAAGCUGUGGGUGCUUCUCAUAAAGUAUUUGAGUAUAUGGACCGCAAACCUGAAGUUAUAAAUGAUGGCACAUGUGCACCUGCCCACUUGAAUGGGCUCCUGCAGUUCAGACAAGUUCAUUUCAGUUAUCCAACCAGGCCAGAUGAAAAAGCAUUGAAGUUGUAG